UAAACAAAUGUUAUCGUUAUUCUUAAUUCGAUACAUGAAAUGUAACAAAUGUAUCGUAUGCUAUACGAUACGAUAAAUCAACAAUCACGUAUAUCGAUUACAAGACGCUAAUUAAAUAUGUCAAUUAUAGCUCGCUUCUCUUCUACAUAAACUCCACUCUGUUUGUAAGGUCUUACAGUCCGAUAAUAUCGGUCGUUCGUUUCUAACGUGAUAUACGCGUUUAGCUUAUAUUUCUUUAACGUUAAAAAUAUGUGGAAUUAUAUUUUGCUAUCUUCCGUGGUACUGAUGUCAUCGUUAUUUUAUCAUUAUCAAUUUAAUAAACCAAUCGGUAUCAUCGAAAAUCCAAAUAGCUAUUAUGAUUAUAUAGUCGUUGGCGCUGGUACGACUGGUUGCGUGAUAGCAUCGCGUCUAUCGGAUUUAUCAAAUACCACGGUGUUGCUCGUGGAAGCGGGUGGUUAUUUCAAUUGGAUGUCGGCGAUGCCGUUGAUGGCCCCGUUGAUGCAAGGGACCAGUUUAGAUUGGGCUUAUAAAACGGAGACACAGAAGUUCUCAUCGCUUGGACUUUGGAGCCACCAACAAUCGUGGCCAAGAGGUAAAGGAUUAGGUGGCAGUGGUCAAAUUAAUUAUCUCGUUCACUCUUUCGGGAGGUCCGAGGAUUAUGAAACGUGGCCUAAGGGAUGGUCCUACGGUGAUUUGAUACCGUAUUUUAAAAAGGUCACGGAAACCAUGAGCGUAACUACCUUUUCAUCGAAUGAUCCAUUAAUUGCGGCCUUUAUGGAGGCCGAACUUUCAAUCGGAUCUAACGACGCUACCUUUCAAAAGGGCAGUUAUACCGUCAAACGUGGAAAUCGAUGGAGUACCUAUCACGCGUAUUUACAGAAUUCUAUAAAAAAUCGCAACAAUCUUCACGUUCUGAUGAACACUCUGGUUACAAAGAUAUUAUUCAAUGAAACGAAAACGAUCGGUGUAGACGUUCUUUAUAAGAAUGCUUCGCGUGGAAAAAUAAAUGCGAGAAGAGAAGUUAUUCUUUGUGCCGGUACCGUCAAUACCGUCCAAUUACUUUUGCUUUCUGGUAUAGGACCGAGAAAAGAUCUCAACGAGUAUCAGAUACGAACGGUGAGCGAUCUCCCAGAAGUUGGAAAGAAUCUUUUCGAUCAUAUGAAUGUUCCACUAUAUGUAAAUCUCAAAGCAUCGGUUAGUCUGACUUUAAGAAAGAUGCAAUCGAUUCAAGAAGUAGCCAAAUACCUUCUCUUCGGGACCGGAUCUCUCUCGUCGAAUCGUGUUUUGGCUACCGCACGCGUAAACAAUAGCGGUAUUAUACUCUUCGGCGUGGCUUCCACCGAUGAGAAAUUGUUGAAGGACAUUGCUAAUUAUCAAACCGAGACUUUCAGAUCGCUCUUUCCUGCUUACAACGACACUGGCCACGAAGGCUUCCUCUAUCUCGCUACUUGCCUUCAACCGAAAAGUCGUGGAAACGUCACCUUAAAAUCACGAAGUAUUUUCGAUCAACCAAAAAUCGAUCCGGCUUAUCUACAAAACGACGACGACGUUCAUUGCACUCACAAGGCGAUAAAUUUGGCAUUGGAGACUUUAAAUUCGCGAAAAUUUCGUGGGUACGGUGCUCACGUUCAUUUACCCGAUUUCGAGGAAUGCCGACACUUCAGACAAGAUUAUAGAGAUCGGGAUUAUUCCGAAUGCGUUAUGAGAAUCGGUGGAGUUACCAGUCAUCAUCCAUGUGGUAGUUGUAGAAUGGGCACCGACGAUAACGCGGUGAUCGACGAUAAAUUAAGAGUAAGAGGAGUAAUCGGUUUGCGAAUAAUGGACGCCAGUAUAUUGCCUUCGCCAAUUUCCGGUACACCGAAUUCCGUCUUGAUAGCGAUGGCGGAACGUGCCUUUGACGUAAUCACUGAAAGAGCAAGUAAUUAAAAAAUUGUUUCGAUCGUUCAUCGAAAAUCUUCAAAGGUGCUCUCUGUUUAAAAAGGAUCUUCUCGAGGGGCUAGAAAACAAGGAAUAACAUGGGAUCAAUCGAAAAUAGGCUCACUCUCUUGACUUUCAUGUUUUUUGUAAUUUAUAAUUAAUGGUAAAGUUUUUUUUUCUUGUUUUACA